AUGGGGUUCGGCCAAUUUGACUCGCUGUGCCGGAAGGCGGCGAUUCCUCUGUGCUCCCUGGUCGGCCAGACGUCGUCGCUUUCUGGAACCAGGGGCAUUUUGCCGAACUGUUACGCAAGGAAUAUUGAAGUCGCCAACACCAUUAUUUUUCAAGGAGCCACCGAUGUGAUACAUAUUUUAGCCCUUGGUAUGACCGUCGUUAUGAUCAUACAUGUGCGAUCGAAAUUUACAGCUGUCGGACGCAAGGAAGUUAUUACUUUUUUCUAUCUUUACAUGGCACUAACGAUGUGCUCUCUCGUUCUGGACUCUGGCGUGACACCACCGGGGAGCAGCGUUUUCCCCUAUUUCGCGGCUGUACAGAAUGGCCUCACCUCCGCUCUUUGCACUUGCUUACUGAUAAAUGGGUUUGUGGGCUUUCAACUCUACGAAGAUGGCACCACACUUUCCGUGUGGCUUUUACGGGUCGCUUCGCUCGGCAUGUUCAUUAUUUCCGGCGCCGUGUCUCUCCUUACUUUUAAGUCCUGGGGCGGACUUUCGCCGUCGAAUACUAUCGGACUCUUUGUUGUUGUUUACAUACUAAAUGCCAUAUGCCUGUUUGUGUAUGUGGUUAUGCAAAUUAUCCUGGUUGUGAAUACUCUUCAGGACCGCUGGCCACUUUGGCACAUUGGCUUUGGUGUGUUCUUUUUCGCCAUUGGACAAGUUAUCCUGUAUUCCUUUAGCGACCUCAUUUGCGAAGGUGUUCAGCAUUACCUUGAUGGCCUGUUUUUUGUCACGUUUUGCAACCUCCUUGCCGUCAUGAUGAUCUAUAAGUAUUGGGACUCGAUAACAAAAGAGGAUCUCGAGUUCUCGGUUGGCUUAAAGCAGAAUAACUGGGAGGUUAAAGAGCUACUUCCUGAAGAAGACCGCAGAGCCACAGUAUAUCAUGACACCAAUUCAGAAUAUGCUAGUAGCGUGUAUCACCAUCGCACGUCAACAUAUGGUGGACAAUCUUCCUAUUAA